AUGACAGGUUUAGCUGUGGAAUCUCGCAUCGGGGUCAACACGUACCCUUGCUUCUCACCAGUCAGCCAUUACCUCCAUUUUACUCACCAAUAUGCACUACGCAUUAACAUUAUUUAUACGGCAACAAAUGGCCUGUAA